AUGAAGGUGAAAGGCAAAGGAAUCCCCCAUUGGCUGGUCUUCUCUGUGCUCUGCCUGGCGGCCAGCCCCAGGGGCAAGGCCUGCCCUCGCCGCUGUGCCUGUUAUGUGCCUACAGAGGUGCACUGCACGUUUCGGUACCUGACCUCCAUUCCAGACAGCAUCCCACUCAACGUGGAGCGUAUUAACUUAGGGUACAACAGCUUGGCUAGAUUGACAGAAACGGAUUUUUCUGGCCUGAACAAAUUGGAAUUGCUAAUGCUGCACAGCAAUGGCAUUCAUACAAUCCCUGCUAAAACCUUCUCGGAUCUGCAGGCCUUGCAGGUCUUAAAAAUGAGCUAUAACAAAAUUCGAAAACUUCAGAAAGAUACUUUUUAUGGCCUCAGGAGCUUGACACGGUUGCAUAUGGACCACAACAAUAUUGAGUUUAUAAACCCAGAGGUUUUUUAUGGACUCACCUUUCUCCGACUGGUGCACUUGGAAGGAAAUCACCUCACUAAACUCCAUCCAGAUACAUUUGUCUCUUUGCAAUACCUUCAGAUAUUUAAAACAUCUUUCAUUAAAUACCUGUACUUGUCUGAUAACUUCCUGAGCUCGCUCCCUCAAGAGAUGAUUUCCUAUAUGCCUGAUUUGGAAAGCCUUUAUCUUCACGGGAACCCAUGGACCUGUGAUUGCCAUUUAAAAUGGUUGUCUGACUGGAUACAGGAAAAACCAGAUAAAAUAAAAUGCAAAAAAGACAGAAGUCCCUCCAGUCCUCAGCAAUGUCCACUUUGCAUGAACCCCAGGACCUCUAGAGGCAAGCCCUUGGCUAUGGUCCCAUCUGCAGCUUUCCUGUGUGUCAAGCCAACCAUUGACUCAUCCCUGAAAUUAAGGAACCUGAGUAUUCUGGAAGACAGCAAUCCUGUGCCCAUCUCUCCCCAAGAUUUCAUGGCACCUUUUGGCUCCAUCACUUUGAAUAUGACAGACCAGUUUGGAAAUGAAGCGAACAUGGUCUGCAGCAUCCAAAAACCCUCAAAGACAUCAUCUGUUGUAUUCACGGAAGAAAAUGACUCUAUCAUGCUAAAUACAUCAUUUUCAACAUUUUUGGUGUGUAACCUAGAUUACAAUCACAUUCAGCCAGUAUGGCAAGUUCUGGCUUUGUACAGUGAUUCUCCUCUGAUUCUAGAGAGGAGCCACGUGCUCACUGAAACACCACAACGCUGCUACAAAUAUCAACAGGCGGCUCCUACACCUGAAGACACCUUUACUGACAUAGAGGCUGCUCUCAAGGCAGAUCCCCCAUGGUUAAUGCAAAACCAAAUUUCCUUGCAACUAAAUAGAACUGCCACCACACUCAGUACGUUGCACGUCCAGUACUCCAGUGAGGUUCAAGUCACUUUACCAAGGGCAGAAAGAAGGCCAGUGAAACACAAAUGGACCAUGAUUUUGAGAGAUAACAAUACUAGGCUGGAACGCACUGUUUUGGUUGGUGGGACCAUUGACCUCGACUGCCCAGGCCAAGCGGACCCCACGCCACAUUUGGAGUGGCUUUUGGCUGAUGGGAGUAAAGUGAGAGCCCCUUAUGUUAGUGAGGAUGGAAGAAUCCUCAUAGACAAAAGUGGAAAACUAGAACUCCAGAUGGCUGAUAGUUUUGAUACAGGCAUAUACCACUGCAUAAGCACUAAUUAUGAUGAUGCAGAUAUUCUCACGUAUAGAAUUACAGUGGUGGAGCCCUACAUAGAGACCUAUCAUGAAAAUGGGGCUCAUUAUACAGUUUUCAUGGGUGAAACACUUGACCUUCCAUGCCAUUCUUCUGGUAUUCCAGAUGCCUCUGUUAGCUGGGUUCUUCCAGGACACACUGUGCUCUAUGAGUCCUCAGGAGACAAGCAAAUUCUUAAUAAUGGCACACUAAGAAUAUUACAGGUCACCCAAAAACACCAGGGUCAUUAUUGUUGUGUGGCAGCCAACCCAUCAGGGGUCGACUUUUUGAUUAACCGAGUUUCAGUCAGAACAAAAGGGCCAAGGCCACUGGAGCAUAAUGUAGAAACAGAUGGAUCUGGACUUGAUGAGCCCAAUCCCAUUGCUCAUCUUAAGGACCCACCAGCUGUGGAAGUCCCUACAUCUGCCCCAAUGGGAGCUGAAACUGGAAAGGAAGUCUUGAGCCCAGGUAAAAAACACAGCUAUCGUGAGUUAAUACACCGGCAGAGAGGAGAGUCACAAAAUCGACGUUUUAAAGAGCAUAGGAGGUCCUUCUCUCCCUCUUCUCGGAGAAUUGACCCACGACACUGGGCAGCGCUUUUGGAGAAAGCUAAAAAGAAUACUAUGCCAGAGAAGCAAGAGAAUAUGACGGCAAGGCCACCUCCAGUGGUCACUCAAUUCCUGAAAAAACCUGGUGAAGAGGUAGACUCUUCAGGCAUGCUCCCUCCGGAUGAGGAAUUUAUAGUCCUGGUAACUCAGGCUCCUAGUGUUCUGGAGAGGACAGUGACUGCAGAUUCCAGAAAAAUACGUGAUAGUCCCGUGACAAAUCUAACUGCUGGCACUGAAGUCUCUCCAAUUGUGGGUCCACAAAUAGUACCACCUGAAAAACCAAGAGAUUUCAACCUAUUUCCUACUAUUAAAACUACAGCCAUGUCAAAGAAUAUAAACCCAACCACAUCAAGCAAAAUGCAAAGCUCAACCACGAAACAUUUAUCCACUCUCUUUCUUCUAUCACCUGAAGCAACACAAUUUCAGGAAGCUGACAACAGUGGGAAGAAAAAAGAGCAUUUACCAAGUGCACUCCCCACAGCAGUGGGGGCUAUGACCAAAGAUGUCAAUAUCAAAAUGCUGAGUAGUACUAACAGCAAAGUUGAUACAUUGUUAGGGUCAGUAAAUGGCACGAACAGUCAUCUGACAUCUGGAACAGGAGUCAGUGAACCUAGGAGCAAUCAUUUCUAUCCACAAAAUACUCAAAAAUUGAGCACCUCAGAGCUACCUUCAGGCACAUACACUGAUACUCAUUCUCAGUUACAGAUUCCAAGAAAUAUUACCACUAACGUCCCACUAACAUCCAAGCGCUUUGGAAGACGGAGGAAAAUUUGGGGCAGGGGUCGAAUUAUCAGUCCAUAUAGAACACCAGUUCUUCGACAGCAUAGAUAUGGCUUUGUGAGACCAACACUCAGAGGUGCUUCUGAAGAGAGCACCACUGCAUUUUCAGCCACAGAGCCUGAUGUGGUGUGCCCAUCCUGUUCUCCCAGAGAAAGGCUCACCACUACUGCAACCACAUUGUCCUUUCCAAGUUCUUCCCCCAUCAUGCUCACCAAAGCUGAAAUUACCAAAGUCACAGGAGAAGAGUCUACAACUCUAAUCCACAAUCCAUCAUCAUCAUUUGAGAACAAACCAAAUGUAGAUAUUGAGAAAACAACACCCACAAUAAAAUAUUUCAGUGCUGAAAGUAUCCAAGUGACUCCUAUUGGGCCAGUUAUGACUCAUGGCCCCAAAUCCUUAUCUUUGGAAAAACCUCAUAUAACAAGUAAUGGUUACCCGAGUGUGUCUAAUAACAUUGAAGUUAAAAGAGAUUCAAUGAUUAUUUCACCACUCCCAGUUCCCACCACCAAGCCAUCUAUGUCUACUACUACAGCCAUAACAAGAUUUUUAAGAAGGAAAAUUCCCUGGCAUCAGAUCUUUGUAAAUAACCAUGUCCAAAAAGAAAGGUUAAAGAAUCAGCAUCAAUUUAAUUCACCAAAAAGCACAGUCACAGUUCUUCCUAAAAUAUCUCCUGCUUUACCCACAGAUAAUGUUUUUCCUUUCCAUUUCACAAAACUCUCAGCAAAUGUGAUCCAAAUUCCAUCUAUACCAUCAGUUACAAAUCACCAAAAUACCACUGAAACACACAGUCCUUUAAGUCUUCCAACAAUGAAGAAGCUUCCCUCCUUUCCAUUAAUUUAUCCUACACCUCCUAAUAUCUCAAACAAAAAAUCAAGUAACAAUUUUACAUCAGUGCAGACAGCCAGGCUGACAAUUUCUCCUACUGACUCUGCAUCAAUCACUAACAGUAAAACCCAAAUAGCCAGACCCAGGACACAAAAAAUACAAAGAGAAAAGGAGCCUCAAAACAACAGGAAGGACCCACACUACUCUCUCAGUCAGAGCUCUGGCCUCACUGCAUCCACUACUACAUCUCCUGAUCUAACUGCAGCUGAACCUUCAACCAAGCCCAGUGUCUUUGCUUUCACUCAUUCUCCACUGGAAAACACAAAAGAAAUUUCAAGCACAACUGGUCUUCAUCCAAGAAUGCUUACUUUGACAGAUGUACUUGAAGAACUAUCCCAAGAAAGUACUCAGACUUUGAAGAGCAGAAUUGUUUCUGAAAUCACUUUGUCCAGCAAACCAUACCAAAACACAACUAGGAACACAAUCACUAGACACGCAACCAUACCACAGUUCCUGAGUAGUGCUGCUCCAAUGCCAAUUCCCACCUCCCAGCCCUUGAGUAGUCAAAGUACAGUCACAGACAACACGGCAGCUCCUGGUUUUAGGAUGAUGACAAAUACAAUGGUCAAGCCACAUGAACACUCUAGGCACAAUGCUAAUCCUCAGCAAUUAGUAACAGAGGUUGCAACAUCUCCCAAAGAUGGCCUAAAUGCCAAGGUCACAAUUGAAACCACCCACUUUAUCUACUCCAAUCUAUUUCACCCUACUUCCAAGCCAGCAGCACUAACAGUUAAACCACAAACUUCUAAACUGACUUCCUUUCCUUGGCCAGAAAACCAUUUCUGGCACAAGUCAGACCCAGAAAUUGCUGAAAAAGGCAAAAAGUUAGUAGUGGAUAUUAUGCCCACUCCAGGCUUGCCAGAGGACACCACUCAUGCUUCAAAUUGGGAUAUUCAGAAGACGGCAAAGAAAAAUGGCUUUGAUAAGACACCAGUUCAAAAACUAACAACUUCUGAACUCCUUCCCUUUGAUUCUUUGUCUAGGAAUAUAUUUGAAAGGCCCAGAAUAGUUGGGGGAAAAGCAGCAAGUUUCACUGUUCCGGCUAACUCAGAUGCCUUUCUCCCUUGUGAGGCUGUUGGAAACCCCCCACCCACUAUCCACUGGACCAGAGUGUCAUCAGGAUUUGAUAUAGCUAAAAGCAAACAGAAUAGCAGGUUCCAGGUGCUGCCUAACGGCACCCUGUCCAUACAGAGCGUGGACAUUCAGGACCGCGGACAGUACCUGUGCUCAGCAUCCAAUCCGCAUGGCACGGAUCGCCUUCAUGUCACCUUGUCUGUGAUUGCCUAUCCCCCCAGGAUCCUGGAUAGACGGACCAAAGAGAUCACAAUUCAUUCCGGAAACAGUGUGGAAUUAAAGUGCAGAGCUGAAGGUAGACCAAAUCCUACAAUCACCUGGAUUCUUGCAAAUCAAACAGUGGUUUCAGAAUCAUCUAAGGGGAAUAGGCAGGCCCUGGUGGCAUCUGAUGGAACAUUGGUCAUCUACAAUCUCAGCAUUUAUGACCGGGGCUUUUACAAAUGCAUAGCCAGCAACUCUGCUGGCCAGGAUUCACUGCUGGUCAAAAUACAAGUCAUUGCAGCCCCACCUGUUAUACUAGAGUCAAAGAGGCAAGUCAUUGUAGGGACUUGGGGUGGAAGUUUGAAAUUGCCCUGUACUGCCAAAGGAACUCCUCAGCCCAGUGUUCACUGGGUCCUCUCUGAUGGCACUGAAGUGAAACCACUGCAGUUUGUAAAUUCCAAGUUGUUCCUAUUUUCAAAUGGGACUCUGUACAUAAGAAACAUAGCCUCUUCAGACAGGGGCACUUACGAAUGCAUUGCAACCAGCUCCACUGGCUCCGAGAGAAGAGUGGUAAUUCUUACAGUGGAGGAGCGAGAAACCAUCCCCAGGAUAGAAUUUGCAUCCCAGAAGUGGACUGAGGUGAAUUUUGGAGACAAAUUACUACUGAACUGCUCAGCCAUUGGGGAGCCCAAACCCAGAAUAAUCUGGAGGCUACCAUCCAAAGCUGUUGUUGACCAGUGGCACAGAAUGGGCAGCCGCAUCCAUGUCUAUCCAAAUGGAUCCUUGUUUAUUGGCUCAAUAACAGAAAAAGAUGGUGGCGACUACUUGUGUGUGGCCAGAAACAAAAUGGGAGACGAUUUGGUACUGAUGCAUGUGAGCCUGCGACUGAAACCCGCUAAAAUUUAUCACAAGCAACAUUUUAAAAAGCAGGUAUUUCAUGGGAAAGAUUUCCAGGUUGACUGUGAGGCUUCUGGCUCCCCGCUGCCUGAGAUAUCCUGGAGCCUGCCUGAUGGGACGCUGAUUAACAACGCGAUGCAAGCCGAUGACAGUGGCCACAGGACCAGCAGGUACACCCUGUUUGACAACGGAACAUUAUACUUCAACAAAGCUGGGAUAGCAGAGGAAGGAGAUUAUACUUGCUAUGCCCAGAACACUCUAGGGAAGGAUGAAAUGAAAGUCCACCUAACAGUCAUAACAGCUGUCCCGCGCAUCAGGCAGGGUGACAAGCCCCACAUGAGAAUCAAGGCUGGAGACACGGCGGUCCUUGACUGUGAGGUCGUUGGUGAACCCAAACCCAAAGUAUUUUGGUUGCUGCCUUCCCGUGAUACGGUCUCAUUCUCUAAGGAUCGGUACACAUUUCAUGCCAACGGGUCUUUGUCCAUCAACCAAGUGAAGCUGCUCGAUUCCGGAGAGUAUGUGUGUGUGGCCCGAAAUCCCAGGGGGGAUGACACCAGAAUGUACAAACUGGAUGUUGUGUCCAAACCUCCACGGAUCAAUGGUCUGUAUACAAACAAAACGGUCAUUAAAGCCACAGCCGUGAGGCAUUCCAAAAAACACUUUGACUGCAGAGCUGAAGGAACACCAUCUCCUCAAAUCACGUGGAUCAUGCCAGACAAUAUUUUCCUCACAGCCCCAUACUAUGGAAGCAGAAUCACAGUCCAUAAAAAUGGAACCUUGGAAAUUAGGAAUGUGAGGUUUUCAGAUUCAGCAGAUUUUAUCUGUGUGGCUAGAAACGAAGGAGGAGAGAGCGUGCUGGUGGUACAGUUAGAAGUCUCAGAAAUGCUAAGACGACCCACGUUCAGAAAUCCAUACAACGAGAAAAUAGUUGUCCAGCUUGGAAAGUCGACAGCACUGAAUUGCUCCGUGGAUGGAAACCCACCACCUGAAAUCAUCUGGAUUUUACCAAAUGGCACAAGAUUUCCCAAUGAACCUCGCAUUUCUCAGUAUCUGAUAGCAAGCAAUGGCUCUUUUAUCAUUUCCAAAACAACUCGGGAAGACGCGGGAAAAUAUCGGUGUGCUGCAAGAAAUAAAGUUGGCUACAUAGAAAAAUUAAUUGUAUUAGAAAUUGGCCAGAAGCCAGUUAUUCUUACCUAUGCACUAGGAACAGUUUACUGUAUCAGCGGAGAAUCUGUGUCACUGCACUGUGUGUCUGAUGGAAUCCCGAAGCCGAGUAUCCAGUGGACUAUACCAAGCGGUUAUAUAAUAGACAGGCCUCAAAUUAGUGGAAAAUACAUAUUGCAUGAAAAUGGCACCUUAGUCAUCCAAGAAGCAACGGCUUAUGACAGAGGAAACUACAUUUGUAAGGCUCAAAAUAGUGUUGGCCAGGCACUGAUUACUGUCCCGGUAAUGGUUGUGGCCUACCCACCCCGAAUUACAAAGCGCCCACCCAGGAGCCUUCUCACGAGGACAGGGAGUGCCGUUCAGCUCCGCUGUGUGGCCCUGGGAGUCCCCAAGCCAGAAAUCACGUGGGAGAUGCCUGACCACUCCUUGCUCUCCAUGGCAAAAAAAGGGAGGACUCAUCGAAUUGAGCCCUUUCACCCCCAAGGUACCCUCAUCAUUGAGAAUCCUCAAACCUCAGAUUCGGGGAUCUACAAAUGCACAGCAAGGAAUCCACUGGGUAGUGAUUAUGCAACAACUUAUAUUCAGGUAAUCUGAAAUGAGAUAAAACCGAACAAAGUCAAUACCCGGACAGAGUUUAUUUUUUGGAAGAAGUUUAAUCAAAGGCAGCCAUAGGCAUGUAAAUGAAUGAGUACAUUUACAAUAUUAAAUUCAUAAUGGACAUGCAAAAAAAAAAGACUUGGAAAUAAAUGCAAUAUGACGGAUAGUGAUUUUGUUAA